AUGCCAGAACGCCUUUGGGACACUUGCAUACGCCGAAAGAUUUUCUGGGGGUACGAUCCUGGUAAUGUGAACAUGGGAAUGGCGUGCGAGAACCAGCUCGAUGAGAUUUAUCCUGGUUCUACUGCAUUUUUUCUUCAUGCGAAACCUUUUUUUUCCAGAGAAGCGCGUGGAUUUCGAGCAGAUGGGACUUCAAGUAGAAAAGGAGAAUCGAUUAAAAGCAAUGCGAUGCACAGCAAAGCAGAGCUGUUGAAAAUCGGUACCAAAUUCCAAUUCAAUCAGGUUCAAGCUGGUGAACAAAUAGAGAAAGACGACACGAGUACAUAA